AAAACAUGUCAUUAUGAAAAGUCUAUAUUUGUUCAUUGUGUACCACUUGAAUCCAUUUCAGAGGACCAGCAGUUAUCAGAUAAGUGCAGCAGUUCUACCAUGGACAGUUCUCCCGUCCACGAAAGGACCGACCAUUCACACUCAUAAUCACACCUGUGGUUGAUUUAGUGUAAAAAUGUCACCUGUGCCUUUAUGUUUCUGGAUUGUUGGAGGAAACUGAAGUGAUUAGCGUAAACUCUCACACACAUAAACACACAAACUCUGGGAUUUGAGCUAGUGAUCUACUCCCUGUAAGGCAAGAACCCUAAACACUCGACCCCAUCACUGGGUUAAGUAAGUGAGCAAACCACAGCCUUCAGACCUAAUUGCCUUUUUUCUAAGAAGCGUAUCUGCCUUUGUGGAAGCAGUGUUGAUAGACUGCCUCACAUUUAAGACCUGACUUCAAACUUAUUUUACACGUUAUUGUACAUGUUCAAAAUCACCAUGGUCAGAAUCACCUUGUCCAGACAAUAAGGCCGUUUAGAAUGGCCUUUUCUGUGUCACGCAGUAGCUUCGACAGCUCAUUGUCAUUAAGAAAGUUUAUAGCUGCUGUGAGUGUGUUAAAAAGGAAAAUAAAAGCCACGGAGAACAGACAGGGAAGGAGAGGAGCAGAGAGGCUGCUGUUACACGCCAUUCACAUGCAAAUAUGACUGAGGAACAAGGAGUGGUUCUGUGUGUGUGUGUCUGUGUGUAUGUGUGUGUUUGGAGGUGUGUGCACGUAUAUUCUCUGUGUGUGGGUCCGUGUGUCCUGUAUGUGCAUGCAGAGCAGUGUGGGAGAGGAGGAGCGCAGAUUGGAAGGGGGAGAAAAGACUUUACCAAACAGCCGCGCGCACACACACGCACACUCACACGGCUCAUUCAUAUGAGUCGGUGCAGACCUUCACCCCCUCGACUUCGAACUCACUUUUUAAGCACUUUAUAGCGUUUUUGUCCCAAUCCUGCUGGUGCUGCGCGUCUUGGGAACGGUUGGAUGCUUGGAUGCGUUUCAGGAGUCGUGCGUCCUGGUGCGCAGGAGAACCGUGCAACUUUGGAGCGGCGGAUGCCCCCCUUUCUGCGCUCUGAGCAGCCGUGAAUCAUGUCACGCCGGAAACAGAAAAGACCCCAGCAUCUCGUCAACGCGGAUCCGGGUGGUCCACGUCUGCAGCCUUCUUCUGACAACCACCUGGGAAUGAAGUCACCCUCCACUUCCCUCGGCUCUGAAGUGACAUCAUCAGGAUCCUCAUCCUCAUCCCCAAGCUCUCUCCAAGACUGCCAACCUCCACUGGCCCCUCGCCCAUCCCCUGGUGGGCUCCACGCGCCUUCCUUACCCAGCGAGACUUCGCCUCCUCCCCACUGGCCCAGCCACAUUGCGCCCUUCACCACCUCCCUCCCAAACACCCACUCUUCCCUUUCUCCAGACUUUCCUCACCCAUCGUUGUCUUCCCAAACUCACUCUCCUUCACCACUGGAUCAAACAUCAGGCUCACAGACCCUGUCCCACCAAGGAAAUUCUCACUCCAUCAUGACCUCCCCCACAAUAGGUAGUUCAGCCACUACCAAUACCUCCUCUUCAUCCUCUUCCUCCUCCACAUCCUCCCAGGGUGUGGUACCUCCCCGGGACAGCAUCAGUCCAGGUCACCAACAGCAGCAGUCUUCCAGCAUCUCAGACCCGCAGCAGAUCCAAGUGCCUCCGACUUUGGCAGUUCUCCUUGAGGAGCUGAGGGUUCUACAGGAGAGGCAAAUCCACCAAAUGCAGAUAACAGAGGAGAUUUGUAGGCAGGUUCUACGACUAGGAGGGGCUGUCUUGGGCCAGGAUAAUAAUUCUCAGGCCAGUGGUGCAGAUAACAACCAGAAGUCUACUAGAAGAGCAUCUUCGUCACCAACACAUCCUUCCACUGCCACCCCCGUGACCACAGCCACACCUUUUCUGAGUGGCCUUUCGUCUUCCCUCUUCCCUCAGUCCAGUAUCUCCAAAUCAGUGUCUUCUAAUGUCAAUGGCAGCCGAAACUCUUCUUCUUCUACCUCUUCCUCAUUACAUUCCUCUUCAUCAUCAGCCAUUACAUCCACCAUCAGUCCCUCUGCUGCCUCCCUACACCCACUCUCCUUAUCGUUGGGCCUUACACCACGUUACCUCCAUGAAAAAUCGUCCAACACCUCCUCGUUCAACCACAGUAACAGUAUCAGUUUCUCCACCCCUCCCCUGCCGUCCACCAGCCUUUCCCAGGACCUUCAUCCCAGCUCCGCCCUCCCCUCCGCUGUAUCAUCAGGACGAGUUCAGCACGUUUGUCGAUUCUGUGGGAAAGUGCUGAGCAGUGAUUCCUCACUCCAGAUCCACCUCAGGUCACACACAGGCGAAAGGCCUUACCAGUGUCCAGUCUGUUUGAGCCGCUUCACAACACGAGGGAACCUCAAAGCCCAUUUCCUGCGCCACAGGGAACAGAAUCCAGAGCUGUCCCUCUCUCUGUUGCCCCCAGCACUGUCAGAACAAGCACAGAGUGGAGCUGCCCCUGGGGUUGCCCAGAGAAGAAGAAAAAGGAGGGCUGACGACGAGGAGCCCUUCAAUGGAGUCAAAGGAAGCAUUCCUGGAAUGACAGAAAACAUGGCUUUGGGAUUCCUGUCUGGUGCAUCAGCUCGGGCCUCCCCCUCCUCCCUACCUCUGCCUCCCACAGUGGACAUGGCGCUGUUGUCCACGGCACAUUCACUGCUCCAGCUGAACAGAGCCUCGGCUGCAGCAGCUAGUGCAUCAAAUACUGUACUGCCCUCCUCCUCAUCAUCAUCUUCCUCCUCUUCACUUGGAAGCCAGUUCAAAGGUGCAAAACAGCAGCGGUUCGAUGAAAAUACACCUCCACACUCUUCUCUUCACGCAACCUCCCCUUAUUCGCAACUUGCCCAUCUCCCCAAGAUUUUAUUCCCAGGAGGCACCUCUCAUCAUCACCUUGCACUUCUUCGGCCUGGAAGCCACCCGUCCACCUCCCACCUCACUUCCCACCAGUUACCUUUCCCCUUUCCACCUUUUCCCAAACAAACAACCUCGUCCCCUUCCUCGUCCUCUCCCACCACCUCCACCCAGACCUCAGACACCUCGAAGUUGCAGAGGCUGGUACAGAAACUUGAAAAACAACCACGGGGAGGUGCCUCGUCCUCGGCCUCCUCUCCAUCCACUUCCUCACAAACACACGUUGAAGCCAACGGAGACACACGUGGUCAUGAUCUGAGCACAACCUCCAGUGCCUACCGCAAGGAAAUGUUGGCUGCACUUGGCCUGAGCCCGAGUGCCAAUGCUGGAGGACUGCUGUCCAGCCAGGGGGUCUCAGGUUCUGGCUCAUCGACCACAGCAGCUGCCACUGCACUUUCCGGUGCCCAGGCUGCGAACCAAUGCAGUGUUUGCUUGCGUGUCCUCAGCUGCCCUAGAGCCCUUCGCUUGCACCAGGCCACACACCUGGGAGAACGUCCAUUCCCCUGUAAGCUGUGCGGCCGCUCCUUUUCCACAAAGGGCAGUUUAAGAGCUCACCUGGCCACUCAUCGGUCAAGACCACCAAAUGCCCGUGCCUUGAAUUCCUGCCCUUUGUGUCCACGAAAAUUCACGAACGCCUUGGUUCUUCAGCACCACAUCCGCCUGCACCUUGGAGGCCAAAUACCUCCUGAUGGAGACGUGCCACCCGAGGAUGCAGUGAGAACCCAAGGUACAGGAUUUGACGAGGCUGAAAAUGAUUCCAGUUUUUCCUCCAAGUCUCAACAGCUCCAUCCCUUGGCCUUAACAAUAGGCACAAAGGUUCCCAAUGACGUGAUUAAAUCAGGGUCCACUCCUAAGAAAUCCACAGCUGUUGAUGUGAAGGCUGAGGAAUCUGAGGACCUAACACCCAGUGCCGUGUCACCUUUGACCCAUAAUCCUACCACGGGAGAAGCUGAGGACCCCCUGCAUCUGGAAGACAACACCUUAGCUGAUGGAAGCCCAAUGAACAGCUCUGUGCACUCUGAGGAAGAGGAGACCCGUGUUGACCCGGGCAGCAACAGUCUUUUCAAAGCUGUCUUAGCUGCUACUCAUUCAUCGGCUGUGAAUGGUGCUGCAUUGGCUGAUGACAUUCCUCUGUCGCUAUGUGUUUCAAAGAGAAUUGAAAAUAGUGCAACUCAAAAAGAGAUUAGCACUGAUGAAGACAAACCAACAACGAGCACUGACUCCAUGCCAAAACCUCCACCAGGAAAUCCCUCCCCAGCACUUACUCCACCUGCGAGCCCCAGUGUUGCCCCAGAGGAGGAGGCUCGUGGCAGUGCAACACAGGUUCCAGCGGAAGAAGAUGCUGCUCCAGAUAAAGACGCACCCACAGAGACUUCACCAGCCUUGGACCCAGAGAUGGACAAGGCCACCCUGACAGAGGAAGGUCAUGAAGUGUCAGAACACUCUGCAGAGAACACAGAGACUUCAGUCCCAGCACCAUCCACUCCACAGAACCAGCCUCCACGUCCAGACAAACCAUACUGCUGCUCCCACUGUGGGAAGGCAUACGCCAGCCGCAGUGGACUUAAGGGACACAUGAAAACCCACGCUGGAGCCUUGACAAGCACGCCAUCUAAUGCCCAAACCAAUGAUAGCGACACUUCAGAGGAUCCAAAUAGAAACACAGGACUGAAAGAGAAUAAGCAGGGGUUGGUAAAGUCCCCUGAGAAAGGUGCCGGCACAGAUCCUCUACCAGUCAGUGUUGGUUCGGAGGUGGUGGACGAGCCCAUAGACAGUUCUGAGUAGAAAACGUCAUGUUCUGUGAAACGACUGCAGUAAGUUCCUAAAGUAUCCUGACAAGGGAAUGUAUUAUUUUCAUAGGAAUGAGGAAUGUUUAAUGAAGUAAAAGUCAUGUUUACCUUUUGUAUGAGCUAGCAUCUAUGGUAGUAACAUUACAGGAGACUUUUGAAUGUAGUAUUUAGAGGGUUAAAUGUGUUUUUCUAUUGCUGAGACCACACCGAGGCCUUAAGGUUCACUCCCACUCUGCUUUGUCCUAAGGAGAAUUGACCGUCCACUUUCCUCAUGUACUGUACGAACUCAAACCUAACAAACACAGGCUGACGGAACUAAUGCUACAAAAUUAACUUCUAGACCAAAUCAGGCCAAAGUGUUCCUGGACAAAAUGUGUAAAUGCCCUGAUCUUUUAUGCCUUUUUUCCACUUCCUCCUUUCUAAGUGUUUUUAAAUGCAAUGCUGCUGAAGACGUGGUGUGUGGCGCUGCUGACCGCACUGUGUCUCCCACAUAGACCGUAUAUAUAAGAAAUGGUCCAUGCCACCUGUCUGCAAAAUGAAGUCAAUGGUAAAAUCUGGCAAUUUCUGAAGCCAUUCAUCAGGUCUGAGUCUGAUAAAUGUAGUCGUGUUACAGCUAACUUUUCUUUAGAUGUUUUUGUUUUUUUUAGCAUUUAGCAAUCCAGGUUGUUCUUUGACUUACUUUGACUAUUGUUAGCCUCUUUAACUGCACUGCAGUAUUUCUGACACGGUCAGGUGUUGUUUUAUGAGAAAAAUACAAUUAUUUUGUAUAUUGUAGCUAUGUUUUAGCAAUUUCUUCACAGAUACUGACUCCACGUCCAGUUCAUUAAAGACAUGUUUAGUGACAGUAUAGAGUUUGCCGAGCUUUUAGCCUUUCAAUUAUAUUUUGGUCGGCUUCAGAUUCAACAGAAAAGCUGCAAUUAUUGAAUGUUGACGCUAUCUUCUAGCUAACCAUGAGCUGUUCUGCACAGAUAACUUGUAAUGA